GUGACUAGUCCUCCGCUAACGUCAACGUAGCGAGCAUGUCGUCCGGCUUUUACUACGUGGGCAUAAUGGUGUGUGUGUAGAAACGCCGCUAGAAACGCGCGUGAUGGAUUAAACAAAGUGUCAGGAAGGCGUACGAAACGAACAAGGAACGAAAAAUACGAAAAACUAACCGAAAAAAAUCACUCGAGAUACCUGGCGAUAUCUCGAAAAAAAAAUCCGAUAAGAAACUGUCUUACUAAUCUGCCGCUGAAACGGAAUAAUCGACUCGAGUGCAACAAACGGACUGUGAACCAGGCGAGAUACGAAAAACCGCAAGUGUCAUUUAUGUGAAGUGCCAAAGUUGGGAAAAAAUGUCGACGCAGGCCUACUACAAGGACAGAUUGGGGUUCGAUCCCAGGGAGGCGAUGUACGAGGGUCCUCAGGAGAAAUACAGGAGGACAGGCCCUUCCGACAGCAAUAAACCCCAUGGUUAUGAGGAGAACUUGACCAAGUUCAAAGGUACUAUAUGGGAUUGCUUUAUAGAGAGUACUUCAGAUGAAAGAGACGCUGUGCAGAAGAAAACGUUCACGAAAUGGGUCAACAAACAUCUAAAAAAGAAUUACACCUGUCUUCACGUAUGUGUAACAGUUAACAAUAUUCCAUGUUGUCCACCGUCUGCAAACCGUCAAAUUCGGGAUCUUUUCGAAGAUCUGAGAGAUGGACACAAUCUCAUUUCUCUCUUGGAAGUUCUCACUGGCGAACAACUUCCGAGAGAGAGAGGACAAAUGCGCUUUCACAUGCUUCACAACAUAGACACAGCCCUACAUUUUCUUCAUUGUAAAAAAAUCAAAUUGGUGAACAUACGAUCGGAGGACAUAGUAGAUGGGAACCCCAAACUAACACUGGGACUUAUAUGGACCAUCAUCCUACAUUUCCAGAUAUCCGACAUAGUCGUCGGUCAAGAACCCAACGUUUCGGCCAAGGACUACCUCCUCAGGUGGGCCAAACGCACCGUCCACAAAUACCCCGGCGUCCACAUAACCGACUUCUCCAAGUCCUGGAGGGACGGCAUGGCGUUCAGCGCCAUCGUGCACAGGAACAGACCGGACCUCAUCGACUGGAGGACGGUCAAGAACCAGAGGGCCAGGGAACGUAUGGAGACGGCCUUCUACGUCGUCGAGAAAGAGUACGGCGUCACCAGGCUGCUCGAUCCAGAAGAUGUUGACACUCAUGAACCGGAUGAGAAGUCACUCAUCACCUACAUAUCCUCCCUGCACGAGGUCUUCCCCGAACCGCCGGCCAUACACCCCCUGUUCGACUCGCUGGCCCAACAGAGGGUGCAAGAAUACCGAGAACUGGCCUCCUCCCUCCACAUAUGGAUAAGGGAGAAGUACAGCCUGAUGCAGGACAGGUCGUUCCCCGCCACCCUGAUCGAGAUGAAGAAGCUGGCCACCGAAUCCAACAGGUUCAGGACCGACGAGAUUCCGCCCAGACAGAGGGACAAGAACUACCUCAGUCAGAUGUACAGGGACCUGGAGAAGUACUUCAAGUCGAUCGGGGAGGUGGACGUCGAGCCGGAGCUGAGGAUAGACAGCAUCGACAGGAGCUGGCAGAAGCUGAUGGUCGCCUAUCAAGACAGGGAUAGGUUCAUCAUGGAGGAGAUCAAGAGGUUGGAGAAGCUGCAGAGGCUUGCUGAGAAAGUACACAGAGAAAUAAAACAGACCGACUCGGCCCUGGACUCGAUCGAGCACAGCAUCGACGUCGAGUCGCGUAGGAUCGAACGGCUGCAUCCCCUUGAGGCGAAGAAGAUCGCCGAUCAGCUGGACCAGGACCUCGCCAUCACCGAACAGAACAUCCAGUCCCUGAAGACGGACGUGAACACGCUGCGAAACGGGCGUUACUCCCAGGCCGGCGAUCUGGACAAACGCGUCAACAAGCUGCACGAGAAAUGGGUGAACAUCAGGCGUCUGUUGCACAACAAGAUACUGCAACCGCUGGCCAAUCUCAGCUUUCCCGUGGAGGAGAGGACCAUCACCAAGCACGUGCGCACCGUUCAGGAGACCAGGAACGUGGACACGAACCCGCACUUCGUUACCCUACAGGAGCACAUCGAGUGGUGCAAGAAGAAACUGAAACAACUGAAAAAGGCCGACUACGGAAACGACCUCCCGUCCGUCCAGACCGAACGCGACCUCCACCAGAAAGAACACAGACAGAUAGAUCAGUUCCACUCCAAAGUGGAGUCUUGCGUGAAGGCGAGGUCCUAUUUCGCAGGGGAGGAACUGACGCUGUACAAUCAGCAUCUGGGACAGCUGCAGAAGAUCUACGCGGAACUGUUGUCGUUCUCCACCGGCAGAAUGAACGAUCUAGAAACGCUGCUCGACUUCAUCCAGUCCGCCACCAAGGAGUUGCAAUGGCUCAACGAGAAGGAAGAAGAGGAGAUCACCAGGGAUUGGAGCGACACUAAGAUGAACGUGAAUUCGAUCGAGAAACAUUUCGAGCGUCUGAUGAGCGAGUUCGAAAAACGAGAAAUUCAACUGAGCGCCGUCCAAGAAAGGGGCGAGAUUCUGGUCCUCCAGAAUCAUCCGGGAUCCAAGGCGAUAGAAGCCUACAUGGCGGGGAUGCAAGCGCAAUGGGCGUGGCUCCUACAGCUCACCCAUUGCCUGGAGACGCACCUCCAGAACACGAGGCAGUACCAGCAAUUCUUCCAAGAUGUUUCCACGGCCGAGGAAUGGCUGAAAGAAAAAGACGAGAUCAUGAACACCGAGUUCAGUCAGGGAGACUUCAGCUUAGACGCCGGAGAGCGACUGCUUCAGGGAAUGCAAGCCCUGAGGGACGAGCUGAACACUUUCGGCGACCAAGUUCAAGCCUUGACGGCCAGGGCUCAAGAAAUAGUGCCUUUGAAACAGAGAAGGCAACCGGUCACGAGGCCUCUAACCGUUACCGCCAUCUGCAAUUACAAACAAAACAAUUUUGCAAUUGAAAAGAACAAAGAGUGCACCCUCUUGGACAAUUCCGGUCGACUGAAAUGGAGAGUGCACAACGAUAAAGGGGUCGAGUGUCAAGUACCAGGUGUCUGCUUCGUCAUUCCUCCUCCGGACAAAGAAGCAUUGGAUGCUGCAGAUCGUCUCAGGAGACAGUACGAUAGAUCCAUCUCCUUGUGGCAGAAGAAACAGUUGAGGAUGCGACAGAACAUGAUUUUCGCUACCAUCAAGGUCGUCAAGGGUUGGGACCUACCACAGUUCAUCGCGAUUGGAGCAGAACAGAGAAACGCCAUAAGGAAAGCGUUGAACGAAGACGCCGACAAGCUGAUGGCCGAAGGAGAUCCAUCCGAUCCUCAGUUACGAAGAUUGAGAAGGGAGAUGGACGAAGUCAACAGGCUGUUCGAUGAGUUUGAAAAGAGGGCCAGAGCCGAAGAGGAGAGCAAAAACCAGACCAGGGUCUUCAACAACCAGAUAGCAUCCCUCCAGAUAUCCCUGGACGAAUUCGAGAGGAUCAUCAAUCAAAGGGUACUCUCCCCCCUACCCAGAGACCUAGACACGUUACAACAUCUGGUGUUGGAACACAAGGAAUUCGAGUCCAGGUUGCAGAACGUCGAACCGGAGAUCGAACAGUGCAAAGAUACCUUCCGAAGCAUCACCCUGAAGACGCCGCAGCACAAGAAAGACCUCGAGAAGGUGCUCGACAAGUGGAAGUACAUCUGGAACACCAGCAACCUGUACAUCGAACGUUUGAAAUGCAUAGAGAUCGUCCUGGUCGGCAUGGAAGACUCCUCCCUGGUCAUAUCCGAGUUCGAGACCAAGCUGGCCAUGUUCGAGGAACUGCCCGGCACCGCCAAGGGUCUGGAGGGCGUUCACGACGACCUAUUGAAGCUCCAGUCCGCAGUCGGGCAGCAGCAGAUCGCGAUGGAUCAGCUAAACGACGAUUUCGACAACACCAAGAGGUUGACGGAGAAGUCCAGGCCGAACCAGAGGGGUCCGCACGCGGACGUCGAGAGGCUGGACAAGGAGGUGCAGAAACUGAACAGUAGAUGGGGCAACGUCUGCACCCAGCUCGCCGAUCGUUUGAGGGGCUGCGAACAGGCCUACAAUCUGUUGAAGAACUACAAGACUGCUAAGGCCGGUGAGGAUUCCUGGCUGGAUGAGCAGUACGGGAGACUGGAAAAUCUGCAGCCUCUCAAGGAGCGGGCCAAGGACAAUUUGGAAUCGACCAAGAACUUACUCAACAGCGUUGUAGAAAGAGCACCGAUAAUCGAACAAGUUAACGUUAACGGUGGUAGAUAUAUCAGAGAAGGAAAGAUAUGGAGCAAGGGACUGCAGAAGUUCCGGGAGGGUCUCCUGGAAGACCAGCCCUCGUUGGACGUCAACGACGUCUUCAGGAAUCAGAAAUCCAAGGCUGUCGGCGGAGCGGACCAGAUCGCCCAGGAGUUGGACGAGCUGAACGCGAGGUACCAGUACUUGGUCGAUCAACUUUACGGGAGGAUGAAAGAGAUAGCGGCCAGGUGUCCCGGUGAUAUUGUCACGUUGAGACUGGUUGAGCAGAUGCAACCGCAACAAUUCAGAACCUUCAGAUCAGAAUUUCACAUGAGCAGCGCUAGUGAGCUAACAUCUACGUACACAACCACAACUCACUACAGCCAACAGUACGUCAAGACGAGGACGACAGAAAACGGCACAACCCAAAACCACGGAAAAGACGAGAGAGACGAAAUAACCAACGGCAGACCUCCAGACAAAUACACGACGAGAACUCAGAUAAUCCAAGAGCCCCAAAAAUGGACCACGAACGCCUCCCUCAAACGACACCACAAGAUCAACGACUACAUCCUAGUGGACGGCAUAUCGGAGGUGCAGGGCAUCAUAAACCCGCACACGAACGAGAUAAUGACCGUGCGCGAAGCCAUCAUAUCCAGAAUCCUGGACGUCAGAACCGGCAGAUUGUUGACGGCCGACGGGACGCAGAUAAGCAUCGACGAAGCGGCCGGCAGGGGGCUCAUAGAUCCGGUCAUAGCCUCGAGGCUUCAGAACCCGUGCGGCAUAGUGGAAGAAGACAGGGAACUGACCCUGUUGGAAGCCAUCCAGCGACAGAUAUACGAGGCGGAACAGGGUUUCCUGGAUCCGUCGGAGAAGAGACUAAAGGUAAAUUCCUCCACCAUAAACCAGGCUAUCGACGAGGGUAGGGUGGACGUGAACGCCGGUACCUACACCGUCGAAACCGGGGAGGUUAUCGAUCUGCGGGAGGCCUACAGGAGGGGCUAUCUGCUGCAACACACCGAGGUCAAACUGCAGACCGGAGCGGUGUCCCUUUCCGACGCGGUCAAUCAGGGUCUGGUCGACGAAAAAACGGGUUGGAUCGUGGAUCGUAACACGGGCAACAAAUACCAAAUCGACGCGGCCGUCAAGACGAACGUGGUCGACGGCGACGUCAGGGAGAUCGUGGAUCCGGUACGCGACACCAAGGUGACCGUCUUAGAGGCCAUCGAGAAGGGCUUGAUCAAUCCGAAGCUCGGGAAAUACAUUCUACACCACGAGAAACUCCCUUUUAUAGAGGCGAAACGUCGUCAACUCAUCGUCAAACCGAAGACGUUAUCCGAACUCGUGGACGAUAAUCUCGUGGACGAGACCGGUAAAAUCCUGUCCCCUCUGCACCAGACCAAACUUUCCAUCCUGGAAGCCGUGUCCAGGGGCGUCUUGGACGUGGAUCAGAUCAGGUGCAUCCUGGACUUUCGCACCAACGACCUGGUGACACUCGGCGACGCCUUACGCGAGGGCAUCAUAACCCCCGACGGUCAUUUCCGCAACUCGGUAACCAACGAGAACAUCUCGAUCAAGGAGGCGGUGCACAGGGGUUACAUCAUCGCGGUCGUGAAAAAAUCGAUAUUCGACGUCGACGGUUUUCAACCGCCGGACAAGUCGGAUCAUAUAAGCUUCAACGCGGCGAGCAACAAGGGUUUCGUCAGCAAGAAGAACGGGGGUAGUCUGCUGGUCAAUCCGAAGACGGGGAAAUUGGUACCGUUUUCCGAGGGGGUGGGGUCGGGGUCCGUAAAACCCGAAGUUUACGAGAUGCUCACUAGGGGUAUAGGGAUUUACGAGGGUGGUCGCGAGUUGUCGGUGUUAGACGCCGUGUUUCGCGGUUACAUCGACCCGAAGAACGGUAAUCUGGUCGACGUGCAACAGGGUAAAGUGGUCUAUUUGAACGAGGCUAUCGCUCAGCAUCUGAUAACGCCGGAAGGCGCCGCCAUGCUCAAUAGUCUGUUGAAUCUCACCGUUUCCACCAAGAUAACCCUAAGGUUAGUCCAGCGUUACGUGACGGUCACCAAGAAAAACAUCGAACACCAACAGUUCACCUACACCGAGGCCCUCAGACAGGGCCUCAUCGACAACGAGAAUCAGAUUUUCAUAAAUCCGGUAAAUAACGAAGCCAUUCCAAUCGUUCAGGCCAUAAGCGACGGUCUUCUGGCGCCCGAUUCCGACAGUUCCGAAAAGGUUUUCGUCAACAUAACUUCGUCACAUUCCAUACCAGAUAACGCGGUGUCCGCGAGAGAUUCCAACGCGAAAAACCAAACCAAAGACUUCGCGGCGUCCCAAAAACUAACCAGCGCCUUGGAAAGGCACGUUUACGAACUGCCAAAAGAGGGAUGGACGCUGGCCGACGCCAUAAACAGGAAGUUGUUCGAUCCGGUCACCGGGAUGUUCGUGAUCCCCGGCACCGACAGGCAGGCCAGUUUCCAGGAAUGCGUAGAGCUCAAGAUCAUCGAUCCGAAUUCCGCGGUCGUGGUUGAACCCAACACGAAGAGGAAGAUCAGUCUGGCCAGGAGUUUAGAGAAGAAGAUCCUGGACGGUACGGGUCGUUACUACGUCGAUAACAGACCGAUAACCAUGGAGGAAGCGAUCGGUAAAAGUUACGUCUUGUUAGAGACGGCCGUCGUGACCGUCCCGUCCAACCAGAGAACGAUCCAAGUGACUAAGAUCCAGGGUAAACCGGAUAAAAUCGAAAUUUCUUCCCCUUCGUCCGUGAAAACUUUCGAAACGGAGAUGCAGAUCGAUAUUACCGAAGAUGAACUACUCGAAGCCAUCGAGAAGGGUGAAGUGCCACCCGAAAACGUAAACAUCGAAGAUCUCACCACGGGGGAGAAAAUAUCGAUGGUAGAGGCCAGACGAAGGGGUAUAAUCGACCAAGAGAAACGUUAUCGUGACUCGGCCGGUCGUAAAAUCCCACUGGCGGACGCUUUGAAACUCGGAGCGAUCGCCAUAGCAGCCGUUCCAUACGCCGCUACGAAAAUCGUUAAAGCAAUGAUCUCCGAUCCUAAAACGGGACGAGAGAUCCCUAUGGAGCAAGCUUUGAAGGAAGGAAUUAUCGACGAAACUACCUUCAAUAAGUUACAGAGUCGAGCUUUCAUCGAAGACGCAAACACCUCGCCUAUAGAACUCAGGGAAGCCAAAUCAACCACAACAUCACACACAACAAUAGUCUAUCCUCAGAGGGUAAUAAACUCAACAGUGAUCCACAUCACAGACCCAACCACUGGCGCAGUUUAUACAGCUGAAGACGCGCUACAAAAAGGUUUGGUAACGCAGAAACAGUUAUCGGACAUGAUGGAGACUAAGAACGCGCCUUCCGACGUCAACAUCCAGAUCACAGAUGCCACCACAGGUAUCACUUACGACGAGAACGAAGCCUUGAAGAGGAAAUUGAUAACGCCUGAGAAAUUGGAGGAGAUAAAGAAGGAUCCCAACGGAGCCAUAAUCGAUACCGACCACUCUAUAACCUUGACCAAAUCUUCCUCCACCCUGUCUAGCACCUUAUCGACCACUUCGACCGUUUACAUCAAAGAUCCCAAGACCGGAGUCACGUACACCAGCGAAGAAGCCUUAAACAAAGGUUUGGUAACGCCCGAAAAACUCAAAGAAAUGACUUCCGAAUUACUACCGGAAUCGGUCGUUGAAGGAACCUCCAAACCAAAAAUUCUGAGUACCACGACCAUCCGAUUUGACAGCGACGAAGAAAUGUCCGAAGCGGACAAAACCAGAGCUCGGAUCACCACCGAACCAACGUACCAAGUCAAGAUCGGUCGCGCCAAAUCUCUCAGUCCGGAACGCGAGGCCAAACGCGUGGUUCUGCAAAAACUCAGGAGGAAACUGGUAUCUCCGGACGACGCUCAAAAGAGAGGCAUCAUCGACGAGGAAACCGCGUCCAUAUUGAACGACAAAGACACCUUCACGUCUCCGAAAGGGGAGGAUCUAACCUUGCAGGAGGCGAUCGAAUCCGAAAACAUCGAUCCCAACAAGGGUAAGAUCAUAGAUCCGCAACGCGGCGACCAGUUGACCAUCGGCGACGCGAUACAGAGGGGUAUCUUAGACCCGGACGGCUCCAACGAACUCCUCUUCCCGUUGAAUCGAAGCCUCUCGAUACCGGAAUUGGUCAAACAGGGCCUGUUGGACCCGGACAGUCAGAGAGUCGUCCACCCUGAAACCGGUACUUGUCUGACCAUCAGCGAGGCCAUUAUCUGUGAUAUCGUAGAUCCCUUAAGUAAAAUGACUGAAACUGGCGGAGAGAAGAUUACGCUCGGAAAGGCUCUAGAGCGUGGAGUUAUAGACGACGAUAGAUCCACGGUCAAGACCGCCAAGGGCGAGUUGGAUCUUCAGCAGGCUGUGAAAGAAGAUAUAUUCGAUACGUCCAUUGCUAAGAGUCCCGAAAACAUUCCACCGGCCGGUAUGACAUUCCCCGUAGCUUUAAAAAGAGGCCUGGUCGACACGGAAAAGAAGGAGAUCAAGCAUCCCCUCACCAAUGAGAAGAUCCCGUUGAAAGACGCGAUCCAAGACAAUUUCAUAAUGAGUCUACCUUUCCCAACGGACCCAGAGUGUGUAAAUAUCGACGACGCCCUAGAGAACCAUCUGAUAGACGAAAACAACGGUACUUUCAAAAAUUCGAAAACUGGAGAAACUAUCCCCGUAUCCGAAGCCCUGGAAUCUGGAUUAUUAACCAUGAAAGAUCCAGCGGAUUUCGUAAACUUCGACAGUUCCCAACCGAUAACCACCAUAACGGAAACGAACAAUACUAUCCAUAGAGUGACGACUAGAACCAUCGAGCUGCAGGCCGGUUAUGCGCUCUUGAACAUAAACGAAGUCCAAAACCUCGAGACGCUUGAAAUAAUAUCAGUGGAAGAGGCCAGACUCAGAGGAGUUAUAGUGAAAGAAGACGAGGUAGAAAAUACGACAGUAAUCAAGGACAAGACCCUAUCCUUCUCGGAGGCUCUGAACAAGGGCUUAGUAGACAUGAAAUCAGGAACUUUCCUCGAUCCUAAAACGGGAGAAAAAGUUCCUAUCAAGGACGCGUUGAAGAUAGGAACCCUUUCAGCAACACCUGUAACUGACGAAGUACAAAGAAAUCAAUCCGAAACGGCUGAAUUGAACAUAGCCGAGGCUUUCACCCAAAUAUACGACGAAAAAACGGAUUCUUUCAAGGAUCCAAGCGAUCCUAACGUAAAACUAACAUUCGAGGAAGCCGUCCAAAAAGAAAUCAUAGAUCCCAAUUCGAUAAUUUACGAUGUGGAGUCGCAAAAACCGGUGACGAUCGAGAAGGCAAUGGAAGAAGGUCUUAUAGAUCCCAAGAGCGGACAGAUCGUCGACAAUAAAUCCGGCAACAAGGUUAAUUUCAAGGAAGCGACGAAGAUCGGUCUUAUCGCCGUCUUGGGAGGCGUAGCAUUACCUUUGGUGGCUGUAGGUUUGGCCGGAGCAUCUGCCGUUGAAGGAAUCAAGAAGUUAUCCAGCAAGAAGGAAAAAGUCUCGGAGACCAAAACGGUGACGGUGACUACAACGGAAUCUAGGGUUAUAACAACCGCCUCUUCCACCGAAACGACACCUCAUUCUUCCAAAGUCGAAAUAACGAUAACCGGCAAACUGCCUGCACACCAAGAAACUGAAGCUACUGACGAACCGGAUCGGGCUAAGAUCGAAGAGAUCAUUGAGAGGGUGAACGUCGAGGAAAAACCAAAAGUGGAAUUUGCCAACAUAGAGGUUAUAGCUCCAGAGACAACGAUUAGAGAAGCAAUCGAAUCCAAGCAGAUAACCCCCAGGAAAUGUAAGAUCAUUUUCCAAGGCGACGAAUUGAAUUACGACGUCCAAGAAGGAAUCGAUGAUAACCUACUCACCCCCAAUCACAAAAUACAAGUUAUCUCCAAGAAUAAAGUGAACUUGUUAGACGAACCCGUCAGGUUCACCCUAACCAUUUCACGCAGCAUAACGCCCCAAUACUUGGCCGAAUUGGGCUAUUACGACACGAGAUCAAGACACUUCACUGAUCUGAACGGAGCCCACAUCACGUUCGAGACCUUAAUUUACGACCUGGACCUAUUCGAUCCCGAUUCUAUAUUAGUCAAGGAUUCCACGAGGAAACCUCACCAAUACAUCACGCUUCAAGAAGCCCUACGAAGACCCUUAAUCGAUAAAAACACAGGCCAUAUGGUCGAUCCAAAAACUGGAAAACGGGUUCCCUUCUUCGAGGCUGUCAAGCUUCGUUGGAUCAUCCACGUCGACGACAAACCCAAAACGAAAUACCAACCGAUAAGCCUCGAGGAGAUAGCCAAAACUGACGAGUUCGAUCCAGUUAACGUCGAGGUCAAAUUGCACGACAGCAACGAGAGCGUACCUCUGAUCAAAGCCUUGACUUCUAACAUCGUCGACCCGAAAUCGGUGACCAUCAGAGAUCCCAAGAACAUGCAACUGGUACCUUACUACGAAGCCGUGGAUAGAUCCAUAGUGGACCCGAGAAGGGGACUGGUGAUCAAUACCGCCACCCAGAAGACGAUGAAUUUCCCCGAAGCCUUUCACCGGGGCUUCGUCCUGGCCUUACCUAGACCUAUUUCCCUCCAAGCAGUCGUCCAUAAAGGACUGUAUGACGAGGAAAGUGGCAAAAUCAAAGAUCCUCUCACGAAACAGUUACUCCCGGUUGCCGAAGCUAUAGAAAGGCAGAUAAUCGACGGAAGAAUCAGCGAGGUUAAAGAUGUUAAAGCAGACACGUUCGUACCUUUGAACGAAGCGCUCAAAAUUAACUUGAUCGAAGAUGGAAGAUUCAAAGAUAACAAGAACAACAAGUUAAUGCCUCUCAACCAAGCGGUACAAUUGAACUUGAUACAGACCAAACCCAUAGUUUUCAGUCUUCUUCAGAUCAUCCUCAUGAAUUACUACGGACCACGCAACGGACAAAUCUUGAAUCCCAUCACUGGCGAUGAAAUAACGCUCCUUCAAGCCAUAGAAGAUAAAUUGAUCGACCCGGCUAGUACAAGGAUAAAGGACGAUAGAAGGAAGCGUAUAGUUGAGGUUAAAGAGGCUUUCCAAACGAACCUUAUCGACCCUACCAAAGGAGUACUCACAAAUCCAUUAUUGUCCUUAGAUCAGGCUUACCUGAAAGGGUACAUCUUGAGCACUGUGUUACCCUGGUCCCUCCAAGAAACUCUGGCUCAGAAGGUCUACGAUCCGCAGACCGGAAAAUUCGUUGUCGAUAACGCCAAAGUCACUUUGGUCGAGGCCAUCGAAGGUGGCGUGGUGAACCCUAGCGUGCUCACCAUAAAAGACCCGAGAUCGGGCGAUAUAAUAACUUUAAACGACGCUAUAACCCUGAGGUUGAUCGAUCCUAUCAAAGGUCAAGCGAUCGACCCAGUUACAAACACAGAGUCGAAUCUUUACGAAGCGCAGGAUCGCGGGUUGAUCGUACCUUACAGCAGUCAGAUAACUCUACCCGAGGCUGUUUUCAAAGGGUUCUACGAUCCGUCUACUGGUAAAUUCAUCGAUCCUAGAAGUAAGGAGCGUCUGAAACCCGAAAGCGCUUUCAACAGAGGCUACGUAGAUACUUCCUCGACUCUAGUCACCAUAGACGAAGAACUGGUCACCUUCGAUCAAGCUAUAGUGGACGGUUACAUAGACACCAGCGAUGGCGUCGUGAUAAGUUCCAGAAACGAGACGGUAGACUUCAACGAGGCCUUCGAACGUGGACUGUUGAUAGAAGUAACCCCGCCCGUACCUCUGAGCGAGGCUAUAUUCAAGGGGAUAUACGACGAAAAAUCCGGACUGUUCUUAGAUCCCCACACCGGAAACUACCUGACCUUGAUGGAAGCCAUCGAGAUCAACCUAAUAGACGCGGAGUCGAUAAGCGUGAAGGACACCAGAGCCGGCGUAUGGAGGAAACUUUCCCUCAUCGACGCCAUCCACAAGAAUUACGUCGACGGUAACCUGGCGCUCGUCAAAGAUUUCUCGACCAGCGAAGGUUCGGAGUACACCCUACCGAAAGCCUUCGAGUUGGGCAUAUUGAUAGAUAGCAAAGCGGCCGUCUCGAUACAGCGGGCCAUACAUCAAGGCUUAUACGACGAGAGUACCGGGAAAAUCAUAGAUCCUAGCAACGACAGAAAGAUCACGCUUCACGAGGCCAUCAGAAAAUGCAUAAUAUCCCCUCUGUUGCCCUGUUAUUUCGAUAGGAAGCAGAAUAGACUGUUGAAUUUGUCCGACGCUUGUAAACUGGGAGUCGUGGAUAAGAGAAGUGGUACCUUCAACGAUCCCGUAACGGAUAGACAGAUCAGGUUAUCGCAGGCCUUAGAAGAAGGUUUGAUCUUGGACAUCGAGAACGGCAACUUCGGGUUGUACGAAGCCAUACAGAUGGGUUUCUACGAUCCGGUAGAUAACGUUUUCCGCCAUCCGGUUUCGGGACGUAAAGUCAACCUCAAGGAAGCUUGCAACAACGAGUUCAUAAAUCCUCUGAAUUCCAUCGUUAAAAACAGCCUGGAGAAUAAGUAUGUUCGGUUACCCGAAGCCAUAGAAACUAAUAUAAUAGACGACGAAAACAACAAAUACGUGUUCCCCAACGAAAACGCCUUGAAUCUGUCGGACGCCAAAAAGAAGGGUUUGAUAGUACCGAUCGACAGGCCUGUGACUAUGGAAGAAGCGAUCCUGUGUGGUUUUUACCGUCCGGAUUCCGGAAAAUUCGCGGAUCCCCUGAAAAACGGGGAAUUUUACGAUCUGAUAGACGCUUUCAACCGCAACCUCAUAGAUCCGUACACGACCGCUCUGAUAGACAACAACUGUACCAAAUCCGUACCCAGCGCCAUACAAGAGGGUAAGAUAGACGUGUUGAAAGGUCGCGUUUUAGACUCUAAAUCGAAACUGACGUACAACUACGACGCGGCGUUCGAUAAGGGUCUCUUGGUGACCCUGGAGAAACCGCUGGAGAUCAAACAGUCGAUUUCGGAUCUCGGUAAGACGCCGACGCAACCUCGAGAAUGUACCCUGGAAGAAGCGAUGAAUUUCGAACUGUUGGAUCCUCAGAUAGCCGUCACCAAAGACGUUCAAUCGGGCGUGUUCAAGACGGUGAGCGACGCCAUAUCCGAUAAAACCUUAGACGUGACCAAGACGCUCGUGUUCGAAGCUCAGACCACCGUUCUUAAAUCUCGCGUCGUCAUUUAUUCCGAAACUAUCGUAAUCUACCUACAAGAACCGUUAGAAUUCAGACACGCGAUCGAGUUGGGUAAUUUGGACGUGAACACCGGUAAAUUCACGGAUCCGCAAUCCAACCAGGUGAUGAGUUUGAAAGAUUCGAUAACUCUCGGUUAUAUCGACCCUGAUUCCGCCGUCAUCAAGGACACGCUCAAAAAGAAACUGAUCAGACUGCCCGAGGGCUUCCGAAAGGGUCUGAUCGACUCGGAGAAAGGGAACGUUCUCGAUACUUCCACCUCUAAACUGUACUCGCUUCCCAGCGCCAUGGAUAACGGUCUGCUCAUGACACCGAGAAGAGGCUUCAGUCUCGUAGAAUCCGUGAUUUACUCCCUUUACAACCCCACAACUGGAGGCUUCACCGAUCCCUUCGUCCACGUGCCGAUAAUAGACAGAAAACGUAUAUCUCUGGCGGAGGCGAUAAGGCACAAUCUGGUCGAUCCGACCAGUACCGUUGUUAAAGAUCCCGAAAGUGGCGCUAUAGUUCCGCUCUCUGCAGCUAUAGAGAACGGCUUGGUGGACGCGCAGGAAGGCAGGAUACUGGACAAGAAUGAAAGCAAACAGGUGGACUUCACGAAGGCGCUGGAAAAGGGUUUGAUAUUACCUGCUGAACAAAGGCAAGCGGUCGAGGAGAAGUACAGACUGUGCGAUGAAACCCUGUCGAAACUCCUGCACUGGAUAGGAGAAGUGGAGGAUAGAAUAGCCUCGCAAGACGUGAUCCACGAGUUCGAGGAAGAUUUAAGGAACCAAAUCAACACGAUGAAGCACAUCAAAGACGACCUCGACCAUCACCACGUGCAAGUGACCAGCUGCAGCGACCAAGUGAGGCAGUUGGUGUUGACUGCCGGCGACGUGCUAUCCAAGAGCGAGGUGAUGGCCUUGGAGAAGAGCGGAAGAACGCUCAAGAACAGAUACGACAAAGCUGUCGAACGCAGCGACGCCUUGCUCAGGAAAAUGAUGACGUCUAGAGACGAGCUGUCCAAGUUGAAGUCGGAAAUGCAGAUCUUCUCCGACUGGCUGGCCAAGGCCAGGAGGGUUCUGGAAGAUAAAGAACGCUCCUUGACGGACUUGAAGAACCUAGAUUCCAGCGUGGAUAGCACGAAAGAAUUCGUGAGCGACGUCAUCGCUCAUCAGGCGGAUUUGAGGUUCAUAACCAUGUCCGCUCAGAAGUUCGUGGACGAGGGCAAGGAGUACCUGAAGCUACUGAACGAAUUCAGGACUUCCCUUCCUUCCAGACUACCACACGUCGAACCUCUAACGUCUCAAGAGUCUCCAGUGCGUAGCGAAGUUAGUCUGAUAACUCAGCAGUACAAGGAUCUACUGAACAGGGCGAACAACUUGUCCAACCGCAUAUCGGGUGUGGGAGGCAGACAGAGAGAUUACAGCGACGCCGUUGAGAAAGCCAGGUUGUGGUUGAGGGACGUCGAGCCUAGAGCUAUCAAGAUUCUGAACGAACCGAUCAGCGGCGAUCCUAGAUCCGUCGAAGAUCAACUCAACAACGCGAAAGCGAUGAAUAACGAGUUCGUAGCCAACGGAAGACUAAUCGAUAAUGCUAAAAUGGCCGUGAGAAGUUUGAUAUCGUCACUGGAAGGACAACUUUCACCUUCCGAACUGAACAGACUGGAACAACCAGUCGUGGAACUGCAACAGAAAUACGAUCAACUGAGCAACGCCAUCACCGAUCGCUGCCAGGAACUCGAGACGGCCCUGAUCCAAUCGCAGGGCGUGCAGGACGCCCUCGACGGCAUAAUAAACUGGCUGAAUUCCGCGGAGAGCCAGUUCAAAAACGCCCAGAAACCGGCCUCUCUCGUCAAGGAACGUCUGGACGAACAGAUACGUGAACACCGCGUCCUGCAGUCGGACAUCGACAACCACAUCUCGUCCGUCGACUCGGUCUACCUGUCCGCCAGCGAACUGAUACAUUCCACGAGCAACGCGCGCGUCGCCAAGAAGAUCGAGACGAAAUUGAACGACGUCAAGGUGCGCUUCGAGAAGCUGUUCGAUCGAUCUCAGAAGCGGGGAGAAUUCCUGGCGGAAAUCGAUCGGGACCUCACCCACUUCAACGGCCAGGUGACGCAGUUCGAUCAGUGGUACAGGGGCAUAACGGAAAUGAUCGAGUCGCGAGACUUCUCCAAGCUUCCGCACGACGAGAUCUCGAAGAGGAUGCAAGACAUCGGCGCCAACGUGGAGGACAAGCACGAGAUGUUCGAAGGCAUCGUCCACCAAGGGAAGGACCUGGUGAACAAGAGGGACGUCACUGACGUUUCCAACGUCAGAGAUAAGAUCAAACUGUUGGAGAACCAAUGGAGGGACCUGUUGAAUAUGCUGGACGACAAGCAGAAACUGUCGAAGCAACGAUCGGAACAGCUUCUCGCUUACGAGAGAUCGCGCGAAGACGUUUUCGGUUGGCUGGGUAAGAUGGAGAAUAAGGUGAAUCGUUUGGAGGUCGUCGCGAUCGACUUGGAGAUUUUGAAGAAGCAGAACGAAGAGUUGAAACCCAUCGUUAAAGAAUACAAGGACUACGCUUCAACCAUUGAAAGAGUCAACGAUGUUGGCUUGGUCUACGAAAAUCUCAUCAGAGGGGAUCAACCAGACUCUCCAACCAAACGUAAGAGUCAGUCUUACAGUCCCACGAAGAGACCAUCAUUCAACAGUGGACGAAGACAAUCGAUAGACGCAAGAUCACCGUCGCCUACAAAAGCCCUCAGUCCCCUUUCAACCGGUGGAUCAAGCGGCUUCUCUUCUCGCCGUUCCAGUCAAGACGGGUUCCACUUGGAAGAACUAUCACCGGUUCAACAGCAACUCGCAGAAAUCAACAACCGUUAUUCGAUGCUCGGCGUGAAGAUAAACGACAGACAAUCCGAAAUAGAUUCUCUAUCUGAAGAGGUCAGGAAACAUCUGGACAAUCUGAAAACUUUGAGCACGUUCCUCGACAGAGUCCAAAAGAAAUUACCCAAAGACGCCAUACCUAACACAAAGGACGAGGCCGAUAAACUGAACAGACAGAUCAAGCAAGUUCUCGAAGAGAUGUACGAAAAACAAUCCCUACUGGAUUCGACCAAGAGCCAAAUAAAAGAUUUACUACGUAGAAAACCUGGUUCCCCCGGAAGCGACACCUUGAACGACGAACUGGAAGACGUGGUCUCCCAUUGGAAGAGCCUGAGCGAUCACCUGAAAAACAAGAUCAAGUUCAUGGAGGACAUGAAAGAAUUCCACGAUACGCACGAUUCCCUCUCGGCUUGGCUCGGCGCCAAAGAAAGGAUGUUAACAGUCCUUGGCCCCAUCUCGAGCGAUUCCAGGAUGGUUCAGUCCCAAGUUCAGCAAGUUCAAGUUCUGAGAGAAGAAUUCAGGUCGCAGCAACCUCAGCUCCAACAUUUGAUAGACGUCGGCGAUUCCGUCCUAGCGUUCCUGGACGUACGUUCGCCGGACGGUCAGAGGAUCAACAAUAAACUGGCCAACAUACAGCAAAAAUGGGCCGAUCUUCUGGGAAGACUGGAAGAGAGAGCGGACUCCCUCGGAGCCGCUGCAGAUACCAGCAGGGAAUUCGACGCGCAGCUCAUAAGACUCAGAGACGCUCUACAGGGAAUUUCGGACAAUUUGGACGAGCUUCCGCUGGAUAAGGACCCGGAGGAACAGCUGAGAAAAAUCGAAAACCUCGAGAGGCAGCUCGAGGGUCAAAGACCCAUGCUGGCAGAUCUGGAAGCUGCGGGUUCUCAUCUAUGCGACGUAUUGAGCGAUCCCGCUUCUAGGGCAGAUAUUCAGGGUAAACUGGCGUCGAUCAGCAGACAAUUCAACGCCUUGCAGAAGAAACUGGACCACAAGAAGGCUGAACUCGAAGGGUCCCUUCGCGACGGAAGACAGUUUGAAGCUUCGUGCGCUAAAACGCUCGGAUGGUUAUCCGAUGAACUGGGCUCUCUCACUGAAAGAUUGUUGAUUUCCGCCGAUCGCGUGGUGUUGGACCAACAGUUAGCCCAUCACGAACCCAUAUACAGAGAUGUCCUGGCCAGAGAACACGAAGUAAUAAUGUUAUUGAACAAAGGUCGAGACAUCCUAGGACGCGGAAACAAAACCGACACGCGACCACUACAGCGUGAAAUGGAUAAAAUCCAACAGCACUGGGAUAAACUGAGAAAAGAAGCCGUAGAUCGUCAGACUAGACUUCAAACUUGUAAAGAACAUUGCCGCAAGUACUAUCGUACCUUAGAAAAUUUCCUACCGUGGUUGCGACAGGCUGAGGACAAAUUGGACAGUCUGAAACCGUCGUCGUUCCACAGGAAACACAUAGAGAAACAACUCAAGGAGCUUCAAGUUUUCCGUAACGAAGUCUGGAAGAAAUCCGGAGAAUAUGAAAAUACCAAGGUCUUGGGCGACACUUUCCUAUCCGCCUGCGAUAUCGACAAAGACAUCGUUAAGAACGAAAUCGCGGACCUCAAAGAGCGUUGGGAAAAACUGAACAAUGAGCUUAUCCAACGUACGCAAGCUCUCGAGGAUCAGUCCAGAAAAUUGAUAGACUUCAACGAGAACCUGAGAGAUUUCCAACACGGCUUAGAGAGAUGCGAGGAUAAGUUAGCCUCUCACGACGCCUUGGGAGGUGCCGCGAAAGAUCCCAAACUUCUGGAUAGGAUCAAGGCGUUGAGGGACGAAACCGCCAAGUUGAAGAAGCCGUUACAGGCGGUGCGUCAGCAAGGUAUCGAUUUAGCCCAUGAAGCUUCGGAGAACGGAAUCGACGCUAAUCAUUUACAAGACGAAGUCGACGUUUUGAGCGAGCGACUCGGCGAACUCCAAGCCAAACUCGACGAUCGUUGUUUGGAAUUACAAUCGGCCGCUACUGCUGUCACGCAAUUCAACGACCAAGUCAAGGGGCUUUCCCACGAUCUCGCCUCUUUGGAAAACGAGCUCGACGGUAUGAAGCCGCCGGGUAGGGAUGUAAAAACGGUCCACGGACAAUUAGACGAGGUUUACACGUUCGCCAAGAAGAUCAACAGGGCGUCCGACGAAGUAAACGACGCGAUACACGCUGGAGAAGUUCUGGUCGAUAGCGGUUUCGCUCCAGACACCGUCCAAACUAGAGAACAAGUUGAAACUUUGAGAAAACAGAUCGGUAAACUCGACGAUCGUACCAAGGGCAGAGAACAAGACCUCAACAACACCCUGAAGAAACUGGAGGACUUCUACAUGGCCAAUUCCAACAUUUUAGAGAACAUCGCCGAUGCCUCAGAUCAGCUCAGGAAGUUCAAGCCGGUAGGUUCCGAAGUGGACAGCAUAAGGGCCCAACAGAAAGACUUUAAGAUAUUCCUGGGAAGAGUGAUAGAACCUCUGGGUAAAAACGUCGAUUCCUGGAACAAAUUCGGACACGGUCUGAUCCAGUCUGCGUCGCCUGGCGUGAGCACCGCGAUUUUGGAAAAGGAUCUCGAAAAGAUGAAUGAACAGUGGAACGCACUCAAGGAUAAGAUAAACGACAGGGAAAGAAAAUUGGACGUGGCGUUACUCCAGUCGGGCAAAUUCCAGGAAGCCCUCGACGGUCUGGAUAAAUGGCUGACGGACACCGAAGAUCUCGUGGCUAACCAGAAGCCUCCAUCCGCGGACUACAAAGUGGUAAAGGCCCAGCUUCAAGAACAGAAAUUCCUGAAGAAGAUGCUGCUAGAUCGCCAACCGUCCAUGUCUUCGUUGUUCAGCAUGGGCAACGACAUCGCUAAGGAAGCCGAUCCGGCCGAAAGGAAGGCCAUCGAGAAACAACUGAAGAAUCUGAUGGGACGAUUCGACACCCUGACUCAGGGCGCGCAACAGAGAACUCUGGACCUGGAACAAGCCAUGAAGGUGGCCAAAGAAUUCCAGGAUAAAUUGGUACCGUUGCAAGAGUGGUUGGAUCGCAGCGAGAAGAAGAUCAAGGAUAUGGAGAUCAUCCCUACGGACGAGGAAAAGAUACAACAGAGGAUAAGGGAGCACGAUAUACUCCACGACGAUAUUUUGAACAAGAAACCCGACUUUAGGGAAUUGACGGACGUCGCAUCCAACCUGAUGUCGUUGGUCGGAGAAGAUGAAGCUUCUAUUUUGGCUGAUAAACUUCAAGAGGUGACCGACAGGUAUGGCAACCUGGUAGAAGCGAGUGAGAACAUUGGAGAGUUACUGACGGCGUCCAGACAAGGCUUACGCCACCUCGUCUUAACGUAUCAAGACUUGGCGGCUUGGAUGGACUCGUUGGAGCACAGAUUGAGACGUUACAAGGUACUAGCAGUCCACAAGGAUAAGUUGUUGGAACAAAUGGACGACUUAACCGGCCUUUCUGAAGAACUAGCUAGCAGGCAGCAAGACGUGGAUGGAACCGUAGAUGCUGGAGUCGAGUUGAUGCGUCAUAUAUCGUCCGACGAAGCCCUCCAAUUGAAGGAUAAACUGGACUCCCUUCAGAGGCGAUACAACGACCUCACAUCUCGAGGAGCGGAACUUCUAAAACACGCUCAAGAGAUGCUUCCUCUCGUGCAACAGUUCCACGACAAUCACAACCGUCUGGUGGACUGGAUGCAGAACGCUGAGAUCAUCUUGCAAUCUGCUGAACCCAACGAGGACGAGAUAGCGCGUCUCGAGUUCGACCUUCAAGAACUUAGACCAGUACUGGAGCACAUCAAUCUGGUCGGUCCACAGUUAUGUCAGGCGAGUCCGGGAGAGGGCGCAGCCACGAUCGAAGGUUUGGUUACCAGGGAUAACAGGAGGUUCGACGCCAUAGCCGAACAGAUCCAGAGGCGCGCCGAGAGGAUACACCUGGGCAAACAACGCGCCCUCGAAGUCACCAGCGACAUCGACGAACUCCUCGAAUGGUUCAGGGAAGUGGAGGGACAGAUAAAGGACGCGGAAAAACCGUCGGCGGAACCCGAUCUGAUAAGGGUGCAACUGAAAGAACACAAGGCCCUCAACGACGAUAUCUCCAGUCAGAAGAGCAGGGUUCGCGACGUUUUGUCGACCGCCAAGAAGGUCCUCAGAGAGACGCCUCCGAACGAGGACACGUCUUUGAUAAGAGAAAAGAUGGACGAUCUGAGAGAGGCCAUGGACACCGUAUCGGCUCUUAGCACCGAUAGAUUGGGCAUCUUAGAACAGGCCCUGCCUCUCGCGGAACAUUUCCACGAUACCCACAACAUGUUGGUCAACUGGCUCAACGACAUGGAAGAGCAAGUGGCGAUGUUAUCUAUGCCAGCUCUGAGACCAGACCUGAUCGCUCAACAACAAGACAGAAACGAGAUGUUCCUUCAGAGCAUCAACGAGCAUAAACCUCUGGUGGAUAAACUGAAUAAAACUGGAGAAGCGCUGGUCAGACUGUGUAACGAUGAUGACGGCGCCAAGGUACAGGAAUUGCUCGAUAGCGACAACGACAGAUACGCCGCUCUUAAACUGGAGCUCAGGCAACGUCAACAGGCUCUAGAAGAAGCCUUGCAAGAAAGCUCGCAGUUCAGCGAUAAACUCGAGGGUAUGCUGCGCGCCCUCUCCAACACCGCCGACCAAGUGAACAACCUCGAACCGAUAUCCGCCCAUCCUCCCAAGAUCAGGGACCAGAUCGAGGAUAACGAUAACCUCAUGGGCGACCUGGACAAACGCAAAGAAGCCUACGCUGCCGUACAGCGGGCCGCGGACGACGUGAUCAACAAGGCCGCCAACAGGGCGGACCCGGCCAUCAAAGAGAUCAAACGCAAGUUGGACAAACUGAACAAACUCUGGGACGAUGUACAGAGGGCGUCCAACAACCGCGGCAAUUCCCUGGAAGAGACCCUGGACGCGGCUCAGAAGUUCUGGAAGGAGCUCCACGCCAUCAUGUCCACCCUCAAGGACAUCGAGGAGUCGCUCAUCGGUCAAGAACCGCCGGCCGUCGAACCCAAGGCCAUUCAAGAACAACAGGUGGCGCUGCAAGAGAUCCGACAGGAGAUCGACCAGACGAAGCCGGAGGUAGAUCAGGUGAGGAAUUCCGGGCAGAAGUUGAUGAAGUUGUGCGGCGAGCCGGAUAAGCCGGAGGUGAAGAAGCACAUCGAAGACUUGGAUCACGCGUGGGACAACAUCACGGCCUUGUACGCCAAACGCGAGGAGAAUCUGAUAGACGCUAUGGAGAAGGCGAUGGAGUUCCACGAGACCCUGGACAAUCUGCUCGAUUUCCUGGAAAAGGCAGAGAACAAGUUCGCCAAGAUGGGUCCUCUGGGUGCGGACAUAGACGCCGUUAAGAAACAGAUCGGUCAGCUCAAAGACUUCAAGGCCGAGGUGGAUCCGCACAUGGUUAAGGUCGAAGCCCUUAACAGGAGUCUCAUCAGGCAAGCUCAAGAACUUACCGAGAGGACUUCGGCGGACCAAGCUGCCGCGAUCAAGGCUCCACUCGCUGCGGUGAACAAGCGUUGGGACGAUCUACUCAGAGGUAUCGUCGAUAGACAGAGACAGUUGGAAAACGCCUUGCUCAGGCUCGGACAAUUCCAACACGCUCUUAGUGAACUACUCAUAUGGAUAAAGAAGACCGACCACACCUUAGACGAACUGAAACCCGUUGCUGGCGAUGCCCAAAUUCUAGAAAUCGAACUGGCCAAGUUGAAGGUGUUGAUAAACGACAUACAGGCUCAUCAGACCAGUAUCGAUACUCUGAACGACGCUGGACGCCAAAUCAUCGAGAGUGGAGAGGAUGAAGCGUCCGCCACUCAAGACAAACUGAACACCCUGAACACGGAAUGGAAGGCUCUCAUGCGUAAGGCGGCUGAUAGGCAGAGAGAAUUGGAAGACGCCCUCACUGAGGCCCAGAGGUUCAACGCCGAAAUCCAAGAUCUCCUCGCCUGGCUGGGCGACGUGGACGGUAUCAUCGCAGCCAGUAAACCCGUUGGAGGCUUACCAGAAACGGCCACCGAACAACUGGAACGUUUCAUGGAAAUCUAUAACGAAAUAGAGGAAAACAGACCGAAGGUGGAGACCGUGCUCGCCCAGGGUCAGGAAUACUUGAAGAGAGGUCCCAACGCGGCCUCUAACCUACAGCAUAACCUGAGAACGCUCAAGCAACGUUGGGACUCCGUCACCGCCAGAGCCAACGACAAGAAGAUCAAAUUGGAGAUAGCUCUGAAGGAGGCCACGGAGUUCCACGAAGCCCUCCAGAACUUCGUCAAUUGGCUGACCAACGCGGAAAAAAUCCUGACGAAUCUGAAACCCGUAUCCAGAGUCCUGGAGACCAUACAGCAACAGAUCGAAGAACACAAGGUGUUCCAGAAGGACGUGGCGGCCCAUCGCGAGAUAAUGCUGCAGCUGGACAAGAAGGGAACCCAUCUGAAGUACUUCAGUCAGAAGCAAGACGUGAUACUCAUCAAGAAUCUGCUGAUAAGCGUCCAGCAUCGUUGGGAAAGGGUCGCCUCCAAAUCCGGCGAAAGGACCAGAGCGUUGGAUUUGGGUUACAAGGAGGCCAGGGACUUCCACGACUCUUGGACGAGCUUGAUGAAUUGGCUGGAAGAUACCGAACAGAAUUUGGAUAAACUCCUCAGUACGGCCGUUGGAAAUGAACCAGAACAAAUCAAACUGAAGAUCACGAAACAUCAAGAAUUCCAACGAUUGCUCUCGGGCAAACAAGUCACUUAUGAUAACGUGAUGAAGAGCGGAAAGUCCCUGAAAGAUAAAGCACCUAAAGCCGACGAACCUAUUCUCAAGACGAUGCUGAUUGAGCUCAAGAACAAAUGGACCAGCGUCUGUAAUAAGAGCGUGGAUCGACAACGUAAAUUAGAAGAAGCCUUACUCUAUUCUGGUCAAUUCAAGGAUGCUCUCGCGGCGUUGCUUCAGUGGUUGAAGAAGGUGGAGAGGGAACUUUCUGAAGAUAUACCGGUUCAUGGAGAUCUCGAUACCGUCAACCAUCUGGUGGAACAACACAGACUCUUCGAGAAAGAACUGGAAAGGAGAAACGAACAGAUGGAAUCGGUGAUGAAGACCGGCCAAGAGCUGGAACGUAAAGCCAACAAAGAAGAUGCUACGCAACUCAGGGAGCAACUCUUGGACCUCAAUCAACUAUGGGACAACGUAUCGAAAUUGACCCACAGGAAGUCCGAAAAACUGCGCGAGGCCCUCAGAGAAGCUGAAAAAUUACAUAUGGCUGUCAACAUGCUCCUGGACUGGCUAUCGGAGGCCGAACGUAAACUGAGAUUCAUGGGGAACGUUCCGGAAGACGAAGCCGCCGCUCUCGAACAGUUGCAGAUGCUGGAAGAUUUCAGAGCACAGUUGGCAGAGAAGGAGAUCGACAAAGAUCACACUCUGGAACUGGCGCACAACGUCUUGGCCAAAUCCCAUCCGGACAGCAUCAACGUCAUCAAGAACUGGAUCAAAGUGAUCCAGACCAGAUGGGAGGAGGUGUCGCAGUGGGCCUUGCAGAGAUACCAGAGGUUGGCCUCGCACAUGCAGACCUUGAAGAAUCUGGACGACAGUUUGGAGGAACUGAUCCAGUGGCUCCUGGGACUCGAGAACACGCUCAUCGCCCUCAAACGCGAGGAGUUGCCGCAAGACAUUCCGGCCACCGAAAAACUCAUAGCCGACCACAAGGAGUUUAUGGAGAAUACUCAGAGGAGACAGAUCGAGGUUGACAGGAUUUGUAAGGCUAAACAGGUGAAAGCUGCGCAAGCCACGAAAGACGUCAAGAAGUUCGUCAAAGGAAAGGGAACGCUACGCGGAUCGCAGCAUGACAUUCGUGAAGCUGAUAACUACGGCACCCUUGGGCAUAAACAGAGCUUCAAAGGAUCCAAAGAUUUCCUUGCGCACAGAGGAAGCCGGUCCAGUCCCGGUCGAGAACUCAGUCCAGAUCCACAAUAUCCUCACUUCGGACCUAGAUUCUUACCUGGAAGCGAACCGGAAUUCAAAUCCCCGAGAGUCAAAUUCCUAUACGACAAAUGGAGGCACGUCUGGAUGCUCUCGUGGGAACGACAACGCGAGCUCUACGAACAUCUGGCGUAUCUCAAGGAGAAAGAGAAGGCCGAUAACUUCUCGUGGGACGACUGGAGGAAGAGGUUCCUGAAAUUCAUGAACUACAAGAAGUCCAGGCUGACCGACCUGUUCAGGAAGAUGGACAAGGACAACAACGAGCUGAUUCCCAGGGAGGAAUUCAUCGAGGGUAUCAUAAAAACCAAGUUCGAUACGUCGAGGUUGGAGAUGAAACACGUGGCGGACAUGUUCGAUUUGGACAACAGGGGUUUCAUCGACUGGAAGAAGUUCAUCGCGGCCCUGAGGCCGGACUGGGAGGAGAAGGCGCCCAACGAUUCCCAGAAGAUUCACGACGAGGUCAAGCGAUUGGUCAUGUUGUGUACGUGUCGACAGAAGUUCAGGGUGUUCCAAGUCGGCGAAGGAAAAUAUAGGUUCGGGGACAGUCAGAAAUUGAGGCUAGUGAGGAUCUUGAGAAGUACCGUCAUGGUGAGGGUAGGAGGAGGUUGGGUAGCGUUAGAUGAAUUCUUAGUGAAAAAUGAUCCGUGCAGAGCUAAGGGACGCACAAACAUUGAACUCCGAGAACAGUUCAUCCUAGCGGACGGUGUCUCCCAGACCAUGACCGCGUUCAAGCCGAAGACCUCGGUCUCCAGUCCUGCCUCUGGUUCCUCCGCAUCAUCACUACGCACCCCUCAGGGGCCGAUCACGAAGGUGAGAGAAAGAUCUCAGAGAUCGGUGCCGAUGGGCAGUUUACCAAGGACAUCGAAAUCAUCCCUGUCCGCUGGAACGCCAGAUUCGCUAUCAGAUAACGAAAGCGCGUCAUUCCGUACGCCAAGGAAACCAUCGUACAGGUCCACCCUAACUCCUGGAGGGUCCAGAUCUAAUUCAAGGCCGGCAUCUAGAGCGGGAAGUAGGCCGAGCAGCAAACCUCCAUCUAGGCACGGAUCUACUCUUUCUUUAGACAGCACAGAUGAUGGUACCCCUUCAAGAAUUCCAAGGAGGACCCCUAUCAGCGGAAGAACAGCCAGCACAACGUCCUCAACCCUGAGAAGGAAUGUCAAUGGAACGACUUCCGGCUCAAGAACUCCCAGUGGUUUGGUAUCUCCAGCUAGUCCGGUCACAAAGUCGGGAAUACCAAGGGCAUCAAGUAUACCAAUGUUAACAGCUAUAACGCCAAAGUCAAGCAAAUCUCGUAUACCCGUGUAUAGAGGAAAUGGGGAUACAGAUCCUGAAUCACCUUCCACUUCAGAUUCUUGUUCGGUGUCUUUCUCAUCUGGAACCAAAUCUUCAACGAGUAAAUCUAGUAAAUCGAAAAUUCCUGUACCGGAUAGGAGUGCAAGCAAGACCAGACCUGUGACAGUGGGUGUUGCACCCAGCCUGAGGACCUCAGCUAGGACAAGAACCCCAUCCGGUUCUAACACCCCAGUACCGCCAGGUUCGACCACGGCAGUGUCUAGGCUCCUCCGCAGAACGUCCGGAGCGUCGGACACGCCGACUGGACAAGCGAAAAAGACAACUGAUAAAAGAGAACCCUUCAGAUUAUAAACCUUGUAUGAUUUUAAAUUCCAAAAUUCACCUUUUUGACUGACUUACGAUAUAUAGCUCUGUUUUCGAUAAAAUUGUUCAUAUUUUUGUACAAAAUAUAAUUUUAAUCUCUCAAAUCGCCCGGAACGACGGAUCGCCAGCCGUUCUUCCGGGGGAUUUCUGAACAUUAUUGAAAUACUAGUUAGCCAAUUGCAAUUUUUCGAUAUUUACCUACUAUAUUACGUGUGUGAAGAAGCUGAAAGAAAUUAUAUUACGUUGUUGAGUUGCCAUAUUGAAUUAACGUUUUGUUGUGAUCAAUCCUUUUGUCUUGAAUCGAAUGUAUAUUUUUAAUUUUCUUUAUUUGGCUUACAGAGGGACCAUUUAUUAGUAAUUUACUAAUUUACCUAACAUAGCUUGUAAAUUUGUUUGAAUAAUCCUCAUUUUCUAUCUGCUAGUUUUAUAAAACUGUGUGAUUAUCAAGUUGUGAAAAAAAAACCUUACUUUUUUAUUCGCCAGUAUGGAAGGUUGGUGGAGUCAAUUUAUUAUUUAUAUAUUAUGUAAUGCUUUUGUAUUAUUAUUUAACUAUAAAAAGUUGUUAUUUAAUAAACUAAAUUUUAUUAAA